AUCUUGAAAGUGAGGCUAGCCGCCAUAUUUGUUGUCUCCACGUCAGCUUGGGCAACUGAGUGGCAUUCAAAUAAAAAUGUUUUGAACUUUUUCUGCAUGGAUGAAUGGAGGUGAGUGAUUGCGUGGAGGUUAUUUUUACUCAAGCUACGUGCUAAACGCCGAUCAAGAUGUGCAACAGGAGAAACAAACCGAUUUGUCAAGGAGCUAUUCUGCUCGCUCUCGUUGGAGGUUUGGGGUACACAAUGUAUUUGUAUAGCAAUAUUUCAAUGGAUUUAGAGAUUUCCAGAUCAGAGACCGACAAGUAUUUCAAGCAGCAGGAGUCUUUAUCUUCCCAGCUUCAAGUUGUUUAUGAACACCGCGCUCGGCUGGAGAGGUCACUACAGAAGGAGAAGACAGAUCACAAAAAUACAAAGCUGGAUUUUUCCAGAAAGCUAAAUGAUUUUAUGUUGAAUAUAACACGUUCCAAGCAUGAAGCCAUGAACAGGUUCAAUUCACUAGAGACCCAGUAUAAUAUGCUUAAGGCCCAGAAUAAAGAGCUAGAUACAGAUUAUAACCGUCUUCGACAGCAGCACACUCGCCUUAGCUCAGAGCACAGUCAGUUGAAUAGUGAACUAAAGAGAAAUUUUCAGCUUUACAAAGAACAGAAGACCAAUGAAAUAGCAUCACUUGAUGAGGAAAUCAAAACACUGAAACAACAGGUAGUCCAGCUAAGAACACAUCUCAAAUCUAAGGCAGAUGAGGUUGAACAGCACAAGUCUUCCAGCUCUCGGGCAUCAGCAGUAAAUCAGCAAUACCAAGAAACAAUCAGAACUCUGCAGGAACAACUUACAUUCUAUAAGGAGAAGCUCAAAAAGGCGCAGCUCAAUAGGGAUCAAGCAAUCAAAGGUGUAAAACAAGAUGAGGGCAAAACAACCGCAAGCAGACGACAAGCUGGAAAUUCGUUGGACUCCAAUAAAGUGGGGGUUGAUGACCAAGAAGAAAAGCAAAACUCACAGCAAGAAAAAGGACUUCAUCCAGGUGUUGGUAGAAGUGACAAUAGGCAUGCUGUAAAAGAUACACCUCAGGAACGCUAUCAUGGCCAGCGAUAUGUACCCACCACUGCCUCAAUAGUUACUGAUUCUGAUCAAGAUGAUAAGAGCAGACAAGCUGAUGAGAAUAAUAACGGGAACAAACAAGAUAUUUAUGACCAUGGCUACUCAGAUCAAAGACGUGACAGUGAUUCAAACAGAGAAGAAAGCAAAAGAAAUGAGAAUUCACAGAGAGAAAACGAGCAAAGAAAUGUUCCUUUGAGAGACAGCAGUGAAAAUAGACGACUCGAGGACCGGGACACUGGAAUCCAAGUUGUCUCACCAACUGAGAACAGUACAAGCAAGUGGGCAAAUAUUAUUAAGGCCGCUCAGCAAGGUAAUGCACCCGAGGAAGGAAGAAAAGAAGACCAUGACAAAGGCGAAGAAGAACAAGGAGAAGAAGGGAAUAGGGGUAAAAGAAGCAAGAGAUCGGUUGAUAACUACAUGCAGGAGGUAACCGAGCCUUCUCGACUGCAGCAGAGAGACAUGCAGAGCUACAACCAGAAACAACCUGGCGGGGAGGAGAUGGGAAUGGAUAAAUGGAAUGAUAGACCUCUGGCUCAGAGACCAGGAAACAGUGAUGUCAGACUACAGGAACCGCAAGAACAGUAUCAACGCAGGGAUCCAGACAAUCAACAGCGAGAGACCAUCGACAAGGAUGAAGAGGAGGAUCAUGAUGAACAAGAUAGUGACUUAUCACGCAAGAAUAUCAACAAACAAAUGGCUGAAAUGCAAGAAAACUACAAUGAAAAGCUAACAAAAGAACAACAACAAGAACAACAGGAAAUGCAGAUUCUUCCUCAGGAACAAAAUAGUGAUGCAAGAGGGAGGUCAGUGUACAAGCAUGUGGCUCCUAUACCUGCUGUGCAGAGACAAGACACUGCAGACCAGCAAUCAGAUGCUGAUAAUGACGAUGAAGAUGCUGAUACUGAACAAGACACUGAGGAAGAUCCUGAUGACGCUGAUGAAGAUGACAUCUUGGAGCCUCGAGAUUCACCACAAGAACAACAAGAACAACAACAACAGCAGCAGCGUCACCGGCUGCCUCCGCCAGAUCUCAGGCCAGUGCAGGCUCAGAGACAGCCUCGUGAGGGAAGAACCUUUGACAGAGCAUUGAAAUCUGCUAAUUCUAACAUUAAUUAUAGACUAAACGAGUGAUAAGAACCAGAAAAUUAAUUUAUUUUUAGGAAGGGUUAAGUAUUCCUUACCUAGGCACGCCCUCUAUUGAUCUAAUAGUGACAGGAACGGCAAAAGAAAAAUCCACAACACAAUAUCAUCAAUUUCACUUAAGGGGUUCGCCUCUGCUGAUCUUGUAAGCCGGUGUUGACAGAAAAGAAAGAUCGGUUUAAUCCUUGUGGAAUUCUAGAGUUUAACUUUUUGGAAAGACUAUGCAAGUGUGUAUAUGUUAAUCAUCGUACAGGCACUUUCAGUAUCUUGUUGUACAAGAUGAGCAAAACAUACUUUUAAUAAUGUGACCUGGACGUAAGUCAUCUUCGCGAGUUUCUCCUUACAGUUUAUCUUGCACGCCUCAGUAAACGCAUUCGCGUUCAACUCAACCCCAACUAGGGAUCUAACUACUGUAUCAUCGUACACGUGAAAUAUCCGUAAGAAUUCACAUACUGCUAUGGCGUUUCCUUUGGAGGCCCAGUGCUGGACUCCGCAUCAAGCGGGCCCUGGCCGGGGUCAUAGCUUUCUGUUCUUGGGCAUGACACUGGGGGAGUGGGGAUGGGGAGGGAAUGUAGAAAUGGACCACUAAGCUCGAACUCAGAGUUUUACCUUACCUGCUGUAUUGUGCAAAGGAAAAUUACAGAAAGUGGUAAAAUAGGAAUUUUGACGGUAUCCUGAGCUCUGAAAUAGUUACCAAUAUUCUACAGGGAUGGUGCGAACUUCAUAGUUGUAAAAUAGUAAUGGUUGUUAGAUAGAGCUUUCUGCCUUAAAGCGUUACUCUGCGAUUCCUUAAAGGAGCGAUGCGUGAUGACAGAAAAGGCGAGAUGUUUCAAUAAUCCUUUGACCAUGGCUCAUUAGAUGUCCUUAGGAAUAAAGAAAUUACUGUUAGUUUACUCAACGCAACGGUUUGUAACGAUAAACUCAAACGUGUCGAUAUAUUUAUUGCUAAGGAGAAGCUGGAAUUAAUACUGCGUGUUUAACAUGUAGGUAGAUUAUAGCAAGUGUCUGGUUCGGUAAUCGUACGAAUCGGGGGUAGCUUUAUUUCAUAAAUUAAUACAUUUAGUAUAGUACCACCGAAUUUAUACUGAGAUAGCGAGGUAAUAUGUAGUAAAGCGAGAAUAAAGGCUUUUACCAUUUUAUUUCUA